AUGGCCCGCGCCUGCGCCACCGUCGUCCUCGCCCUCGCGGUCUGCUGCCUCCUCGUGGCCACCGCGCCGGCGCGCCGCCCCGUGGACCUUCCGGCAUCACGGGCGGCCGAUGCCGUCGUCCUCGUCGACCGCGAGGCGGCUGCCGAGCCCCUGCCCAGGCCGGUGGGGGCUGCCGCGCUUGCUGUGCCCGAGAGAGGAGGGCGACGCCGCCCGCGUGGAGGCGACCAGUGCUAG